AUGGAUGCGCCGCUGGACGGCUUGUCAUCGAUACAUUUUGCGCUCAUAUACAUUGACGAGAAUGGCAAGCUCCGGUUCGAAGCGUCGCCGUCUAUUGCGAAUAACUGCCAGUCUAUUCUAUCCCCUAAUGUAACCGAUACUUUCCUGAGAGCUGUGGCGUUGUCCAACAAAGGCAACCCCGGGGUGAUAGGUACAGGGUCUCCAAGAUCAAACCAAGACCAUAUGGGGGGUAAAAGCCCCCUCUCGCCCCAAUCGCCAGGAAUGCAUGACGCGAGUAGCUUAAGCCGCAAAAACUCAAUGUUUCAAUCGCAUCAGGACGGUCACCAGGGCAAGAGAAAGCGGGUGUCUCAUGAAUGCGUCGUGCCGAUGAGCAUCAACUGCCACCAAAAAACUAUGCUGCCGGUUCGCAAUCACAGCCUUCUGCGUAAAUACUACGAGAAGGCAUUCGAGAGCCUGCAGCAGAUUAACUGCCGGAUCCUUGCCAAGGCAUAUAUCAAGCUCGUUGAACCCCGCAAGCAGGUUAAUUAUCCGUAUAACGGACGCAAAAUCAUAUCUGGCUCCUCCCAGCAGUUCGACCCGGAGCUUACCAAGCCUGCUUGGUGGCCAUCGGGCGUCACCCAUCGGGAGCCUGACCAUCUUCUCAAGGCCGAGAGAAUCCGUUUGCUGGUGCACAUUCUCUGUGAAUUGCGCACCAGCCACGCAAUCUGCGUCGAGAAGCUAAAGGAAGCCGACCAAUCCAUUCGCCGCCAGAUACUACCCAGCGAGCGACUGCAAGUCCUAGACGAGAUAUACAGCGUUCGAGAAGAAGAGGAGGCCUACCUCGACGGCAGAAGCGGUACGUACUGCCUCCCCUCACCUUCUCCCAAGCCAGACCCUAACUUGUACCAAACAGAUGGACAAGCCGUCGUCUGCGUAUCCCGGGUAAACCUCCCAGACAUAACCGAAGCCCAAGCAAUGGGCUCACCCACCUCCGCCCUGAAAACCGACAUCAACCCCGUGUACCGCAAAGAGGUCCCAGACAUGGAAUCGCACACGUCCGUCUUCCCCUCAACCGGAAGCUCCCCAACAAGCGACACAACCAAACACAGCAUGGCGAGCACCAAGUCCGCCAGCAGCAUCAGCACAACAAACUGGGACCCCUGUCUCCCACCGUCGCUCCCCUCCCUGAACACACUGAAGCGCACCCGCCCCAGCGAGAGCACAUACUCCUUGGACUUCUCGACCAACAUGUUCCAGCAUGAACCCUCCACAACCUCCGUCUCCCUCGACCACUACCCCUUAAAGUACUACGGUGAUCCGCACUUGCAUCACCAGCACCCUCAACCCCUCCCCGUAAUGGGCAUGACAGGACCAACGGACCUAACGGGGUGCGCGAACCCGUACUAUUUCACCAGUUAUUGA